AAUCGAACUAGGGUUUCGAGAAUUGGCCCAUGGGAGUCCUUAGCUCGGAAGUACUCUUGGAUCUUUGCUCUAUUCGCCGGAGAUGGCACCGCAGAUGUAUCUUCCUGGCUUUUAUUUCGAUCCGGAGAAAAAUCGCUACUUUCCCGUCAAAGGUCCGAUUCCAGGAUCGAAGCGCACUGCUUCUGCCUCUAGGGAUUCCGUUUCAGAUCAGAAGGAUCAUGAUCAGACGGGUGUCACAGGCAGGAGAACAAAGUUAAAAGCUUCUGAGCUGCUGCAGCUUAGGGAGUUAAAUGGAAGAAAUGUGACUUCUGGUAACCUUAGAUAUGACUUUAUACAAGAUUAUCAGAAAUUCAAGGCUUCUAAUCCCUUGGUUUGGAUUUACCAUAGAACAGCUAAUGCUGCUGGUACUGGAGUGGAGCAACUGCAUGGUGUUGUUCAGACACCGACAGGUCUAGAAAGGUCAUCUCUACUGGUAGCAGGCAGCAUGAGUGGUUGUGCUCGUAUAUAUGUGGUUGGAGACGCUGGUAGACAUCUUGACAAUGGAGAUGAGUACAUGCCCAAGACUGUCUGGCCUCAGAACAACCAUGAUAAGAUCAAUACCAACAUUGCAAGAAUCUGGAGCUCAACUGGAUUAUCAACACUUUUGGACUCAAGUAUCUCAAGUGUACGCCCUAUGUACAAGCAGCCUGCUGAUUCACUUGAUGAUGUCACGUAUUCCAAGCAUUUAUUACAUGAAAACAUGGUGACUACCCUUGGAUCUGGACAAGGUGGAGGAUCUGUCAAUAUUAUGAACUUGAACAUACCUUUAGAGAUCGACUCAAGUACUUUUAGGCUCCAGAGAAGAAUGAGGACAAUUUUUCCAACUAAGUUCACAAUCUGGACUGCUGACUGCAGUUCUAAUGGAAGAAAUGCAGCAAUAGGCACAAAUGUGGGAGCUGCUUUAGUAGAUAUAGAAACAGGCAAGAUGUCUUCACAUCGCCUGAAAAGUGAUGUUUUCUCGCUACAGUUUGAUCAAUCAGGGAACAUCGUCUUUUGUGGGCUUAGAAAGGGAGCAAUUCUGCCAGUUGAUGUUCGUGUAAGACAUUUUCGAAGUCUAAGAAAUUAUGCUGGAUACAGAAGUAUGUCUAAUGAGGUCCAAGAGGAUUCAAAUUCCAGCUCUAUGCCCUCAGCUAUUUGCAGCUUGGCAAUACUUAAAUCUGAUGAGAAAUAUUUAUUGGGAAGCUCCAUGGAUGGUUGUAUCCAGCUUUUUGAUCUUCGUCUUUUACGAAGGCCUGUUCAAUCCUACAAGGGGCAUGUGAACUCCCACUCUCAUUUACAGCUCGGAGUUGAUCCGUCAGAAUCAUUCUUCAUGUCAGGUGGAGAGGACCAUUUUCUGCGUAUCUGGAGCAUCAAGACUGGUGAACUGCUAUUCGCCAAGAACUUCGCAAAUGCUACCCUUAAUUCGAUCUGCUGGUCUCAAACCGGCAACAUCUCAAAAGAUAUGCAACAAUCAAGUGAAGAAACAGUUCGGCAUCAUGAAAGUAAAUGGGAAUUGGACCAGAGUUGGAGAGCCUGGUUGGGUUCUCAUAAAGGGCUGUUCUACAUGCAUGGUAUUUGAUUUGAGAAUAAGCAGUGAAUAUCAAAAGAGACUGAUAACUUUGCUUAAAGAAUCAUGCUAGAAAGUUCAUAUACAAGGAUUUCAAGGGCUGCUGUUUAUCCCUUUUGGCUUUCUUUUCCUUUUAACCACCUCUAUGAUUAGAUCCUUAAUGUAAAUUAUGUAAAUUAAACUAGCAAUUGUCAGGUUGUUGUAAUGCUACAUUCUUAGCUUUUAAUUUUUUUCUUUUUAUCU